CAAUCUAAUUUCAUAGAUAUUCAUGUUGUAACAAUGGGACAACCUGAUACAUGUUACAGAGACUAAGAGAUUAUUUAUACACAAUAUAAAAAAAAAAAGUUCUAAAAUUGUCCCUUCCCCUAUUUCUUCAUGCAACAUUUUAUUUUACCUCUUCUCGUGAAAGAAAAUGCGAGCCACGUUCUUUUCCAAGCAACAACAGUUAUUAUUUGUACGAUCUUUAUUUAUGUUUCGACCCUAAGCGCCAAGGUUCGUUACAUCAUUUUCAAUCAUUUUACAAAACUAACUAAAUAUUCAUAGUUUUGCUAAACGUAACACGAAACAUUCUUCGUUCUCCGUCUCGAGUUCGACAUCCACUGCCAAGAUGUAACCAUGCUGCUUCCAUUUUACUAACAGCUACGAUUAAUCGGUUACAGGAAAGAUCACGACACAUUGGAGUACCUGGAUCUACGUAAGGAGACCGUUCCUCGUUCAUCCGCGUCUUGUCACUCGAAAAUGCAUUCUCGAUCUGUCUGCGAUUGUUAUUGUAAAAUUGUCACGCCGAGAACCCAUCGAAAAAACGAAAUUCAAUCAGAGAGAGGCCGUGCCAGACUCGUAGCGUCGAAGAGAUCAAUUUCCAAGGCGGACGCCAUCAGGAGCGCGAGGAAGGUUCCAUCGACCCCAGCGACUCUCGUCGACGAAGAUCAGGCGGACAGUAAAAGAUCCACCUUUACGCUACCAAUUUCGCCCAUCCUCAGCCCACAGACGUCGGCGGCUCUUGAAGACGUGGAAAGAUUGGUCAAGGAUGCCCAGAUUCAAAUCAAGGGGAUAAGCAUGGUCGCUAAUUCGAAUCGAGUCCCAACAAACUUCAACACGUAUCUCGACGAAGUGACCCUGGACGACGAGAAAGAUCAAUUGUUAUACGUUCGAGAGCGCGUGGCGCAGAAAUUUCACGAAUCGAACGGUUGGAUCGACGGAAAUUACGUCGAUCCUGCUGCACGAGAUGCUUCGAAAGAAGGAAAGCCACCGAUAAGACUCAAGAAUACCACCGAUUUCUCCGCUCCAAAAUUCAGGACGAGCAAAGACUCGUACAAAGAAUUCUCAUCCUACGCAGCACUGUUUGGAAACCAAAACCCAGAGCCCGCGACGCAAGCUGCGACCAACGUAAUCGAAAAAGAGAAGAAAGCCAACGAUCCUGAACAAGCUGAAAAAGUAGGCACGUUCGCCGUUCAAGCUGGACCGUCCGUGAACAUCGAGAGGAGUUUGAUAGUCCAGAAUUUGGAGAUGAUCCGCAUAUCGCCCGACCCAUUUUUCGUUCAAGAAAGCGCGAACGUUGGGACUUACACGAUCUGCCACGACCAUUGGAACGUGGGACCUUCGGCGCCUAAGGCGAAGUUCAUGAAGAUACCAUACGAGCCACGCGGCGUCGAAAACAACGUAAAACCAAUUGGCAACCCGCAAGGAAGAAAGAACUCGAAACAGCUGAACGGAGUAGAAAAACUCGUCGAGUCUACGUCACAUUCUACGUCCGAUUCACUGACUUUGGAAGGAACCAAGAACGAUUCGCCGGAAAACAAUGGCAAGACGGAAGACUCUGGGAAACCAGAAGAGAAGAUAUUGGAUAACGAGAAGAGCCUGGAAUCAGAGUCUGUUGAUCCGGAGAACGAAAAGAAAUCAAAGCCGGAGGAAGAUCGAGCACAGUCACCUGAAGCUGUUAGAGAAGAGAGAAGAGAGAAAGCCACCGCUGAAGCCAGAAACGACCAAGCCACGAAGCAGGUGCGAUUCGACGCGGAAAUUAUGAAAAAGCCGGAAAACCCUGUGGAGACUAGAAACGAGGAAAUCUCUAUGCUAGAGCGAGACUUGGAAAUAUUCGAAGGUACGGAGUCAAACGGUCGCAAUGCGCAAGAGUCGAAGGGACACGACCGUUCGACCUCGAAGAGGAUCGUCGAAGAAUGCAAGCAGACCCAAUCGGUCGAAGAGAAACGCGAGAAGAGACUCGAGGGAACCUCCGAAAAGGACGAACUCGAGAGGAACGAACGCUACAGGAUCGUCGAUGAACGUUUCGCGAAUAUUCUGAGAAAGUAUCGUAUCGAAAAAGAAGUAACUCGAACGAACGAGCGUCUGGUGUCGUCUUCGAGCACGAACUCUUUUGCGGAAGACUUGGUAGAGCCAGACGAGCUGGGUGACCUCUAUUGUCCCUCCAUAGACGACUUGGACAACGUCCUGACCGCGUACGAUAAAAUAAUUAACGAUGUUUCUCUGUCGACGAGAACAAUCGAGAAAUUUCUAUCGCGGCCAGAACUCGAAGAGUACUAUGGGCAGGAAGCGAACGCACCUCCGUCGAUCUCUCGCGAACCACUGUCAACGGCGAACGCUUCUCAAAGUAAACGACAAUUGGAUUAUUCUUCGGAGAGCAGCGAUAAAAUAGCGAAAAAAUCGUGUUCCCGCCGAGCUAGAGAUGAAAGCUCGAGUUUAACAUCUUGUUCCGUGGAUCCACUGUCUCCGAGCACGGAUCUACCGAGCGUUAACGACGAUAGACCAUUGCGAGAGAUGUUUAAGUCCUCUGUCGAAAGCAUCGCGGAUGAAACGACGCGUUUCAGGCCGGGUCUAACGUCGACCCAGGAAAUCAAGAAGAGAACGAGCUCGCAGAAAGGCGAUCACGAUUAUACAAGCCUGUACGAUCUGGUGUACAACGACAUCCUGAAACGAGGCUUUCCUGAAUCGUGGGACCCGAAGAAUAUGACGGAGCGUUUGAUCAGCUGCGCCCUCGAGGAAGAAAAGAGGUUCAUCGAGGAGAAAAUUAAAACUGAUUCCAACGUGAACUGCGUCGAGAGUCUGUUGGAGCAUUUGCAAAACGAUCCAUCGACUUCCCAGACCCAGAAUCUGGAGCUUUUCAUUUCCGAGAAUGCAAUGAUGAACGACACAGCGUCCGCAGACCUCCACGUGGCUGAGACAGCGCGCGCGAUGUCAAAGUCUGAGGAAGGAAAAUCGGAAAUCGAGAAAGAAGAUGCUUCCAGGGGAUCUAAUCGUCAGGCUAUUAUCGUGGAAUCUGUCUUUAAUUCUAAAAGUCAGUCGUCUCCGGGUAGCAAACAGGAUAACGAACGCUCUUCGGGCAACGAAACGAGCAAAAUUUAUUCAAAUAUCGAAUCGUCGCAAGAAAAGACUCGUUCCAAUGCGACGAAUGAUGGUACUAAUUCCAACGGGAAUGAUCACGCCAUUCCACAGAAUCACGCUCGGCUGAAAACUGAGCAAAAUAAUAACGAGUAUGUAUCAUUUUUUUAUGAAGCCUCCGUUUAUUGUCUUCAAAAUAGGGAUGUUCGAUUCCGAUUCGAUUCUUUAGAGGAUCGAUUCUCUCGUGUAAGAAUCGAAGAUCUAUUUUUCUUAACAAUAAAAGCACAUUCGUUCCUACAUUACUAUUCGAAAAAAGUAUAGGAAUAGUGAUGAAAAUAUAAACAAUGCAGAGUAUGCCUUUGGUGUAAGAGGACGAGAAGUAAAAAAAUAAAAGAUCGAUUCUUUACAAUAAU